UCCCCGUUUGUACGCGCUCGUGCGCACGCGAGUCGGGUGCGGGUAUAAUAAUAACGUUCAGUAAGUACGUGUAAGUACGUGUUUGUAGUUACCCCUGAGGUGAGCCACCCCCGGAGAGGCAAGAGAGCCAGGAGGCUCCGCCUUCGUCGGCAUGGGGUUGGUUGUCACGGGGGUGGGACACUCGGGGGCGGUUCUUUGCUGCCCCGAGUCCCGAUUUAGCGCUCUCGCUCACCGCGGGGUGCCGACCGGAGAGAAAGAGGGUGACGCGAAAGAGGCGCGCGAAGUACGGCCCGAUAGAAUACGCACCCCGUGCGCGGAGGACAAUCGCGAGUAAACCACCCUCGGGCGCGUUCCGCAGUUCCUCGGCCGCGACAAGUACGAGACGAGUAUCGUCCCCCGUCGGGACGCGAAGGUUUUGAUUGCCCGUAGUUAAGGUAGUUCAUACAUCAUAACAGGAGCGUCACAGAAGGAGCAACGUCGGUGCUGAAGGGACGACGAGGCUUUGUCAUGGCCGAAGAAGUAAACCUUUGAAGUGAAAAGAAAACAAAAAAAAACACAAAUCGUCGUAGAAUCAAAUUAAGGGAAGAACUUGAAGAAACUAGUCUUUGAUGUAACUAGACAAACGAACUUUUCGUCAUCGUUGUAGAAACGAGUGUUCAUUCGGAAGUCAUAUCCGCGGAGAAAACUGUUCGUCGCGAUUGAAUCCACAGAAGAAUACUGAUUUGGAUCAACGGCCGGUGAUCGUGAACUUAAAUUGUGAAAUAGCCACUUCCCACCAACAGUUGGCACUGUUUGGCGACUGAACUGCAUUUUCAGGAAUCAAGAGAUCAACAAGGGACAUCAUUGUCCUCGGUCCGAUUAACGAAUCAACCAAUUACCGAUUACGGAAAGAAGCCGGAAAGAAGGUUAAGCGAGAGAAACUGGAUUUAAUCAUCCUUAAUUCUGUUCCGUAAAUUUUCGAGAAACAGAAAGAGAAAUAGAGAGAGAGAGAGAGAGAGAGAGCGCGUGAAAGGAGGAGAAAAUACGGCGACCGGCGCUUUGACCGCGCGAGUUUAAUUUCAGCGGGUCUUUGGAUUCGCUUAAUCACCGCCCGAUAAUUAAGGAGGGCCCUUCGAGCGACAACGACGACGACAACGAUGACGACGGCGAUGAGAACAACUUAAUCACACCAUUUAAUCGGCACGCGUGUUUUCCGAAUCUCGGAUAAACGCGAUCGCGCUUUCGCCCCCCGCCGAUUAAUCCGGUCUUCAACGUGGAGCGGUUCCAAAGAGUGGACCAUAUCAGGUGUAAAGAUAACAGAAAUGCAGCGUCUGAGAAGGAUGGAUGGGCCGGCGGUGCUGUCAAUGCCGCCGCUGACUUCCUCCCAAAAAUCGGCGCAAUCGCCGCAACCACAAUCGCAUCCGAAACAGAAUCAGGAGUUGCAGGUGGGCACCGUGUCGCUUUACGGGAUCCACAUCGUGUCGCUGGUGAUAGAGGGCCAGGAGCGACUGUGCCUCGCGCAGAUCAGCAAUACCCUGCUGAAGCAGUUCAGCUACAACGAAAUCCACAAUCGUCGGGUGGCGUUGGGCAUCACCUGCGUGCAGUGCACGCCGGUGCAGCUGGAGAUACUUCGCCGUGCCGGCGCGAUGCCAGUGUCCUCGCGUAGAUGCGGCAUGAUCACUCGCAGGGAGGCGGAACGCCUCUGCAAGUCCUUCCUCGGCGACAACGCGCCACCCAGAUUGCCCGAAGAUUUCGCGUUCUCCGUUCAUCACGAGUGCGCUUGGGGCUGCCGCGGCGCCUUCCUGCCCGCCCGUUACAAUAGUUCGCGUGCAAAGUGCAUCAAAUGCGCGUACUGCGGCCUGUUUUUCUCGCCCAACAAGUUCAUCUUCCACUCGCACCGUAUCGGCCCGUCGGACAAGUACGUGCAGCCGGACGCGGCGAACUUCAACUCGUGGCGCCGGCACAUGAAGCUGUCCGGCACCCCGCCGGACGAGGUGGUGCACGCCUGGGAGGACGUCAAGGCGAUGUUCAACGGCGGUACCAGGAAACGCCUGUUGGGCAACGCGAACGGUUCCCACCGGGAAUCACCGAGUCCGGCGAAGCAGCCGAGAUCCUCGCCGACGAGCGUCGCGCAGAUUCCCACCCUGGUGCCGACCCCGGCGCAUCCCCGGGUACCGCCGUUCCCGGAGCUACCCCUGCCGCUGUCCCGCAGCCUCGUAAUGGACUACGUGUGGCAUCAGCAUCAACAGGCGGCGGCGGUCGCCGCGGCCAAGACACCCAGCCCAUUCGCAUUUCCGUCCUACGCGCUGCCCUGGUUGGCCAAGCGGAGUCCCGUCCUGUUCCCCGGUCCGCUGCCGCCGCCCAUAAGCGGUUCCAGUCCCACGGAGCCGCUGAUUCCCGCCGUCAAUCCAUCCUUGCAUCAGUCCGCGUUCCGUCCGGUGAUCCGCGGGCCGCCCAUCAUCGAACCGACGGUCAUCCCGGAGCGACCGACGGACGUCAGCCAGAAGGAGGACAACUCCGACGACGAGGUUGACAUCGAGACGACGGAGGACGACCCGGUGACGCCGCUCAACGCGAGCCUUCAGAAUCUCCACUCGGCCUCGAAUUCCGCGAACAGCCACAGCGGACGAAGUACGUCGCCGCAGUGCUGGAGUCCUCCCCGAGAAACGGAACGGGAAGCUGAGAAGAUCGCCGAGGAAGCUCUGCGCGACGUGAAGACAGAACUGCCGCCGGCGAGAAGUCCCGAGACCUGGCACGGCAGUGCCUACUAUCGACAUCUCAAUGUUUUGAAGGGUGAGCAAGAGAUCCGCCGUGCAAAUUAACUGUUUGGAGUUGGGGAGAAAUCCUUUUGAUAAAUCAGAACCUCGAAAAUGACUAACUUCUUUAUUCACAAUAAAACUUUUAUUAUUUUAUAAACAUUUACUAAUUUAUUAACACCAAAUUAACUAUCUAUAAACUAAUUAAAGAAUAUUUAAAACUCACAAACUUUUUAUACCGUACUAAAAAGCAGAUAUUUCAUUAAUUAGACUGGGAUGUACAAGAGUGUAAAUAAAUUGCUGUUAAAUAUUUUCUUGGAACGUAUUAUUCCAUUAAUUAAAUAUUAAAAAAUGUUUGUAUAAACAUGAAUCUAAAAUAGCUUAAUAGUUUCUAAUACAAGGAAUCUUAUUAUAAAAAGAAUGAAAUAUUUUGAAAACAAAGUAAUUGACAAAAAAAUUUCAGAUAAAAAUGAUAGUUUAAAGAAUGUUUUUCGAAGAAAUCGAUUUUGAAGUAAUUAUUUCACAAAAAGUUCUUCCUAAUACCUAAAAAUUAAGCAUUUCUUGAUUCGUUUAUAUGAAAUACUUUUUUAAUGUCCGACCAGUGGAAAUAUGUAUCCCUGAAGAAAAUAUACAUUGUACACUUAUUAAUUUAUCCCGUACAGAUUUAUUAAUUUAUCCUGUACAGAUUUCGAAAAUAUUUUAACACGUGAAAACAAUUAGCAAAAUAUUGGCGGCAAAAAUAUAAGAUUUUAUAAUAUAACGAGUAUCAGCGUGCUAUAAAUUACCAUGAUAAAUUGAAAACGUCACGAAUUCGGAAUGUACAAACCGGGAUAAUUCCUGGAAUUUCCACGAGAGACGGCAUUUCCAAUUAACGUCGCUCGAAAUGCGUUUUUCCGCGAUAUAAUUCAGGAUUCCGCGUCGGGCUUCAGUCGAUGUCGCGGAAAAUCGUCUCUCGCGCAUUUUUGCAAACGGCCCCUCUCUCUCUCUCUCUCUCUCUCUCUCUCUCUCUCUCUCUCUCUCUCGUGCUACGUUUACACGUUAUUUUCGCAUGAAUAGCUGAGAGGGCUCCCAAUGGAUUCAAAGCAUUUCGCCUGGCGCGCGCCGUUCUAUAUUAUAGAGAAACGUUGUGCCUCCAUUGAUAUUAGUAAUUAAUUAGUAACUACCAUGGAUCAAGCGGUUCGGCGAGAAGAUCGGAGUUCCAAUUAAUUAGAGUAAUUAGUCGUGACCGGAGUGUUAAGUGGAAAACGCGCGGAGGGUUGCCUUGAUAUUCAGACGCGGGGGGUGGAUCUUGCCUGGCUGUAAUAACGCGGAAAUGGGGUGCGGGUGACCCUUCGGCCGGCCAAGGGGCGUGAUUUGCGUCGACGCUUGCGCGUACCUACGGCGGCCGUUACCGACGUCGGCGUUUCGUCGGCGUCGCGACGCCCGCGAUUCCAAACCCGACGACGAGAUGCAUCACAAUUCACAAAUAUCGUGUGACGACGCGCGUUUCCUUUGGAUUAACCGGAAUUCACAGGGAGUUAUCAGUUUAUUGUUAUCAGCUAAUGUGUAGAUGCAGACAGGACGAGUCAAAAUUUAGUCAGAAUUUUGAUUAAUAUUAAUUAUACAAGGUAAUAAAAAAAAUUAUAAUUUAUAGGGAAACAUUUUUUGGAAGAUAAUUAAAUCUUUGUAAUUGUCACAAGUUUUUAGGCUCGCAAGUUAACGAACGUCGUAUAUGAACAGGAAAUGUAAUUAAAGGAGUUACUCGAAAGUUAAAAUUUAAUUUUUAUGUAUAUAGCCGAAUAAAGAGUUAAACUCAGAAAUUCAUUUAUUUAUUUUCCUUGAAAUCGUUGAUAUCGCUCUUUUACUGUAUGGAAAUAUUCUCGACGAACGCGAUGCGAUGAUAUAAUAUGUAAGCACAGAGAACACGUUUACAAAUACGAUGCGCGUUUUCAGGAAACAGCAUAUACACACUUCUACGUACUUCUACGUACGUGCAUACACACGUUGUGUAUAUACACGCGUGUGUCGCUCGGGGUAUAUCGAUGGACCCAUUCAGCGCGGGCGUAAGCCGAAAAUAACGAGAUAGGUGCCGCAUCGGCGCGAUGAAUACGAAUACAGGAUCAUUGGCAGUGAACGCAGGCACUUUGACUAACGUACAGCCGUCGGAAAAAGCCCGCACUUUCCAAUCUUCUUCCUUUCCUUUCCUGCGCUGAGCGCGACAGCACGAUCUUUUCAGAAUUCGCCUUUUAAACCCGCCAUGCAAAAACAAAUCCGCCCUCUUGUCUGGCUGAGCCGUCGCUUGCGCAAAUUAGUCGAAUGAGACUAAUCGGUCCACGAAUAAAUCUUUUGUGAAUCCUAAGCAUUACUCUCUUGCUAAUUUAAUUGACGUAUCAGUAAGAAAGAAAAUAGAUAAUCUUAUAUACAUCAAGAUUACACUUAUCUGAAUUAGAAUUAUGUAAUUCUGCAUUGCAUAUUUAUAAUUUUAAAUAUUAUUUUAAUUUCUAA